UUACAUGUUUUAGAUCUGAGCUGCCUGGCUGUCAUUGUGAAGUGACGAUUGUCUAACCCAGUGGGCUUUAAGAGCCAGAGGCAUUCUUAGAAUGCCAUGGAUGUCUGUCUCCUUGUACAUGGAUAAUAGAGCUUGCUAACUCGAGAAUCAAUGAGUCUUUGUUGGAGUGAAGCAUCAAUAAAAAUCGAAGACAAAAGGAUAUCAUCCCAGUUGUGCAUUAAUCAAAAAGUUGUCAUGCAAUACUGCUUUCACUAGUGGUUAAAAGGACAGAAUGUGCAGGGUACCAUGUAAUGUGCAAGGCUGUGGUGAAUUAUUAAUAGGAACUGGAUAGAACACAGAUAUAACACUUGGUUGGUCAUUAGAUCAGGUCUCGAGGAGCCAGAUAGGCAGGUCUAUCUGAAUCUUGUGAACAAUCAUCAUGGCCCAGGAAUAUCCUGCAGCUUUAGCCACCUUCAUCUUGGUCUUCUUCACAACAGUCGGCUGCAAUCUCAUCAGGUCAUUGACCAAGAGGAUCCUCCGUGAUGAUCCAGUCUGGUACAGCUUUGCUGCUGAACUCAUCUCCACGUUCCAGCUCGUCGCCGGUGUCCUAGAAGGCGAUAUCAUCCUGGAGGAGUAUGGCCUCUAUUGCUACGCCCUCUAUCUCUGGAUCCUCUUCGUGUCCGAGAGCCUGACGUUUGACGGCGACUCCACUGCCAACACAUGCAUGGUGUGGCAGUCCAUGCUGAAGCGCGAAUCUGGUCCUGCGGUGGCACUGUCAAAGAUAUGCCUUCAGGUGGCUGGCGGUCAACUGGCGUAUCCCUACGUGCGCUUCAUGUGGAAGGUGGUACCAACCAAUCGUCACAGGAAGAAGAUCUCCCACCUGCUUCAGAUCUACUGUGCCUCCGCACUGAAUGUCUCCAUCCUGGAAGGUUGCUUUGCAGAAGCGUUGGCCACACUUACCUAUUUCAUUACCCUCAACUUUCAGCCCAAAGGACGGUACAGUGGAAUGUUUUCAGAUGCUGCGAUACAGGUUAUGAUCAUUGUUGCAGGUUUGGAAUGGACCGGAAUGAUGUUCAACCCCGCCUUAGCAGCAGGAAUCACCUUCAACUGUGGCAACCAAAGCCUCCUGGAGCAUCUCUUGGUCUACUGGGCCGCACCCCUGGCGACUGUCCCCCUGGCAAGGGCCAUUGCGGGCUCGUUCAACAGGCAAGCUCCUGUGACUACAACCAAAGCUGAUUGAGGGAGUUGGGAUUCUAAGGCCCGAAUUGACAACCCACAGUUGAGUCCAUGGUUUAUGCACAUUUCCUGUUUAAAUUACGCUUUAAUAA